AUGUCAUCAACCUCGUCCUCACCCAAGCCGUCGACCGACCUUAGCCGCAGCGAGGCACUGAGCCUGGCCGCACUCUCCCUGCUCUGCACCACCAUCCUCGCCAAUGCGUUCCAGGGCGACGGCGAGGCCCUGGUUGCAUCGCUGGCUCUCAGCGGCCUGGCCUUUGCCGCGAGCUAUGCCAUGAUCCGCUGGCUGGGGCCGACUUUCAUCAAGGCCGGGUUGAAGGGCCGCGACAUGGCCAAGGUGAACAACAAGCACGAGCUGCCCGAAUGCAUGGGCGCCAUCUGCGCCGUCGUCUACCUGAUCGUCAUCAUGGUCUUCAUUCCUUUCCCCUUCUACAAGGACAUAGUAGUCGCGACUAGUGGUGGAGGAAACCGCGACGUCGUCAUGAACGUCGAGUACGUGCAGCAGGGCCGCUUGCUACACAAGUUCCCGCACAGCAAGCUGGCCUCCUUUCUCUCGGCCAUCAUAUCCCUCCAGUCCAUCUCCAUUCUCGGCAUCGGCGACGACCUCUUCGAUAUCCGCUGGCGACACAAGUUCUUCAUCCCGGCCUUCGCCUCUAUCCCGCUUCUCGUCAUCUACUUUGUUGACUUUGGCGUGACCUCCAUCGUCCUUCCGACUUUCCUCCAACCCUACGCCGGCCGCGAGCUCCUCGAUUUGGGCUUCCUAUACUACCUGUACAUGGCGGCUUUCUGCAUUUUCAGCCCAAACAGCAUCAACAUCCUGGCCGGAAUCAAUGGCAUCGAGGUUCUGCAGUCCAUCGUCAUUGCCCUUCUGCUCGCCUUCAACGACGUCCUCUAUUUGGUGACUCCUUACCCUCACCCGGCCACCGACUCACAUCUGUUCUCUCUGUACUUCUUGCUGCCCUUCCUCGGUGUGUCGUUCGCCCUGCUCGCCCAUAACCGAUACCCAGCGCGCGUCUUUGUUGGUGACACUUACUGUUACUUCGCUGGCAUGGUCUUCGUCGUGGUCUCCAUCCUAGGCCACUUCUCCAAGACCCUCCUGCUGCUUCUCAUUCCGCAGGUGUUCAACUUCUGCUACUCGGUGCCGCAGCUCUUUGGCCUGAUCCCUUGCCCACGCCACCGCCUGCCGCAUUUCAACGCACGCACCGGCCUCCUCGAGCCUAGCGUUACGCGGUGGGAGGUUGACUUCAAGAAGCAGCCCAAACCGUUAAUUGCAACAGGCCUACGUCUCUUGCACAAGCUCAAGCUUCUCCGGGUCACGGAAGACAAGGAGACGGGCCGCAUCCUUGAGACGACCAACUUCACCAUAUUGAAUCUAUGGCUCUACUGGCGUGGACCGCUAAGGGAGGAUCGGCUCGCUUGGGAGAUCACGGCGAUGCAGACGGCUGUGGGCCUGUUUGGUCUGUUUGUCAGACAUCGCCUGGCCCUACUGGUAUUCAGGGAGGAUAACCUCGGCAUAGGAAGUAAGGUUUAG